AUGUCAGUUUGUGUUGGAGGUGCAAGAACUUCUUGCCAAGAAGGAAGCACAGGAGGAGUUCAGGAGAAUUACGUCUUCGUGGAAAGUGAAAUCAAGUCACCCAGAGAUGUGUCUGAAGGAGAAAACAGAAAUUUGAAAAUUGCUGAAGUUGAUCCAGGUGGUCAUUUUGUAAAGAUCCUGAACUGUGCCCCUGUGAAAGAGGAAGACAUUGGGGAUUAUCUCUUGAAACAGGACGUCCGAGGUCAAGCAGUGGCUGUAUUUCAAUUUCCCCCUGAGACCAGGAUGGCGCCUAAUUCCACUGUGACAGUUUGGGCAGCAGAUGCUACAGUGAUUCACAAACCUCCCUCAGAUUUUCUUUGGAAGGACCUGGAGAGAUUUAGGACAACUCUUGACUGUGCUGCCAUUCUCUGUGACCCUAGCAGUCAAGCUGUGGCUUGGUACACUCCUCUCUACUGGAACAGAGUGCAAGGAUGGGUGGCAAAAGAAGAAAGUGAAAAGCUUGAGAACAGUGUUAUACCAACUUUCUCAACAACAAAGCAAAAAGAAGGAUGGGAAAAUGAACAGGAAUUUACAAUAACUGGUACAGAGUGGAAGAGGGCUGACCCAUGA